ACGGUGGAAUCAUGGUGGAUAUUAAGUGUAUAUUAUCUACAGGUGCAUGCAAAACGCAAGUGGACUUUUUCAAGUGAGACAUGGACUUUGCGGAAAUUAUCUUCACGUUGUUCAUUGUUGUGGUCGCAAUUGUCUCGUUGUUGUCGAACUUGCUGGUGCUGCUAUGUUUUGUCCAGAGCACCGAGAUCCGCCGACAGGUACCGGGUAUAUUCAUCAUGAACCUGUCUUUUUGCAACAUACUUAUCACCCUUUUAAACAUGCCAUCGACAUUGGUGGGGAUUGUCAGAAACCACCAGCCUUUUGGGGAUUGCCUUUGCCAUACAGUGAGCUUUCUGGAGACCUUUUUGACUGCGAACACCAUGUUGAGUAUGGCAGCACUCAGUAUAGACCGGUGGAUAGCAGUGGUGUUCCCCUUGAGUUACUCCAGUAAAAUGCGCUACAAGGACGCAGUGAUCAUGAUGUGCUACUCGUGGCUCCACUCCCUCACGUUUUCCCUCAUCGCCCUCCUGUUCUCCUGGGUUGACUAUAGCCACAUUUACGCCUCGUGCACAUUGCAUUUGAGCGAGGAGAGCGACAGGAUCAAGUUUACAAUUUUCACCGUCGUUUUCCACGCCAGUAGUUUCCUGCUCUCCCUGCUGAUCCUGUGCUUCACCUAUCUGAAGGUGCUAAAAGUUGCCCGCUUUCACUGCAAGAGGAUUGACGUUAUAACCAUGCAGACGCUGUUCUUGCUGGUGGAUAUUCACCCAUCUGUGAAACAAAGGUGUCUGGUAGAACAAAAGAGAAGGAAACAGAGAGCCACCAAGAAAAUCAGCAUUUUCAUUGGGUCAUUCAUCAUCUGUUUUGCUCCCUAUGUUAUUACGAGGUUGACCGAGCUGCUUCCCUUUGUGGGCAUCAACCGCCACUGGGGAAUUGUCAGUAAGUGCCUGACAUACAGCAAAGCGGCGUCUGACCCCUUUGCCUACUCCCUCCUGCGUCUACAGUACAAGAAGGUCCUGGUUACCGUCGUCAACCGGUUGCUGCGCCGUGACCUGUACCCCUCAUCUGGCCACAACAGCUCUCUGGACACGGAGAACGACUACUCUCUCCAGAGGAUCAGUUAA